AUGCCGGAGCCAUGCAUCUGGGCAUCCAAGCUCGGCGACCGGCGCGGCGAGCAGUGCCAAAGGAAAGCGCGCAACACGAAAUCCCCUCCGUUUCGUAUCGACAGCGCACCACGCCCAGCGAGCAAUGCUGCGCGCGCAUCCUCGACGCGCCUCCAAGCUGCCUGUGUGCCCAGCGACGAACAACGAGGUUCGCCCUUACAACUGUCCCACUGCGCACUGCGCACGGUCGGCGAGGAGGCGCCACCUACCCUCGGCCCCUGGCUUGAUCGCAUCCAACGCAGUGAGGAAGCACCGUUGGAUCCAGCCCUACGCCAUCCGAGAGCCACUGCGUCUGGUAUCCUACCCACACUGCAUCCCUUGUGGCCGUCCCAAAUCCGCGUCUGCCCGUUGCCACUUGGCCUUGUGCCUCGAAUCCGGCUCGGCAUGGCCAAGCGACAGCAGAUGAACUCCUUUUUUCUUGGUGCGUCGUGGACUGCUCCAGCUGCGAUGGGAAUUGGUCUUGGCGCCAAGGUUGCGGUGCUGACGUCUGGUAUGCAUGGCUCCAUCGCCGGUGCCGUCGAUACCAGCCAAGUGCCGUGGGGCGCCGAUCGCGACAGGACGAGACGCGUCUCCAGCUGCGAGACCCAAGCAUCUACAGUGAUCUCUUCUCGAACAAGUACGUCGUCGUGUCCAUCAGCGACAAGUGACACGGGUAUCCUGCAUCUCCCUGAAGAGGUGCCUGGCAAUGUUGGCGCCAGCCGAUUGCUCCAGGUGGGCCAGAGCCCUGCCCAGUCUUUGGCUUUUCCUGCAGGGCAGAGACGUCUGCCUGCGCUGGCUGCUCAGGCUGUGGAUGGGGGAGGUUUCGGUGGCUUCUUUUCCGGAGGCAGAGGCUGA